AUGCCAGCUAGCCAUCCUCUUCACAAUCAGGUCUCCUCCGCCCUUCAAACACGCCAUGGUAUCCCCGUAAACCCGCAGUGGCUGAAUACAUUCCUCACGUCGCGCGGGCCCAAUCCGCCACCGCUUCCAGCCCUUAUAUCCACGGCCCACUUCCGUAUUCUCGCAAGCGACAUCACGACGACCGUCGCUCCCACAAACGCUGCAGAAGCUUUCCCCGAAGGAGUUAUCGACGUGAAUGUCAAAGAACGACGACUCCAAGGCACAGUGAUCGCCCAAGUCCUGGACGUUCUAGACGUGGGCAGCAGCAAGUGGAGCCAAGUCGAAGCUAUUGAGCGGGUCGAACGGGGCGAGGAGGUGCGCGGACGAGAAGUCAUCCGGACCGUGGACAGCACGGGUAACGACAACGAGGACGAUGCGGGCGUCAAUGGCACUGGUGCACCACCGAGAGGUGCAAGUACAAACGCCACCUUUACGAAUUCUUUGUUCGCGAACACGAAACUCAGCGCUGGCCCGCACAAACUCCUUCUCCAAGACGCCCAUGGCACGAAAGUGCCGGCCUUCGAGCUGGUGAAGAUUGCAAAGAUUGGGCUCUCCACUUCUGCAUCUGCCACCCUUCCAGCUUCGGCUCGAAACGCCCAUGAAGACCCGGGCAUGUUCAUCGGAUGCAAAUUGCUUCUGAGGCCCGACACCGUCGUGAGGAGAGGAAUGGUCAUGUUGACGCCGGAUAAUUGUGUUGUGCUGGGUGGGAAAGUCGAGGCUUGGGAUAAGAAAUGGAAGGAGGAGAGAAAGCAGAGGCUGACCGCAUUAGUGAGGGAGGAGAAUGCUACCGCGGCCGGCUAG